GUCUCGGACGAGGCCUCCUACAAAAAGCUCUGCGCGCAGGACAAGCUCGUCGUGACGAACUUUACGGCGACUUGGUGCGGUCCCUGCAAGGCCGCUGCGCCCAUCUUCGACAAGAUGUCCGAGGACCACGGCGACGUCGUCUUCUGCAAGAUCGACAUCGACGACGAGGAGCUCCAGGAGGUCGUCGUCGCCAACGCGAUCUCCGCCGUGCCCACCUACACCUUCGUCAAGGGCGACGAGAUCGUCGCCGACGCGAUAAAGGGCGCGAACAUGCCGGCGAUCGAG